AUGACACAAAGAGUGGAAGCACAAGGAGGACCUGGAGGAGGUUCUGCUUGGGACCAUGGCAUUAACACUGGUCUAAGGAAAAUUUAUGUGGGAAGAGAUGACGCUUGUGUGAGUUAUCUCAAGUUCGAGUAUUUCAGUAGCGGGUUCCAUGGGAGAGCCGGACACGCUUUAGAUGCCAUCGGUGCUCAUUUUGCACCUGACACAUCAUCAUCAGCGUGGGCUCCGCCUAGAAAACUUGCGGCACAAGGUGGUCCAGGAGGAGGCCCAUGGGACGACGGAGUUUACAGUGGUGUAAGAAAAGUUUAUGUUGGUAGAGAUGAGUGUUGUGUAACUAAAGUCAAAUUCGACUAUGUCAGUGCCGACGGCGAACUAGAAGAAACACUGCAGUUCUUACUUGAUUAUCCAAACGAAUAUAUAACGUCAGUGGAAGGAACACAAGGUCUAGUGGUUCGUUAUCAUAACUACGUCGUCACGAGUCUUGCCUUCACAACAUCAAAAGGAAGAACUUCGCCAACAUUUGGAGCUACUAAGUUCGUUCUCGAAGACAAUGGUCGUCAGCUUGUCGGCUUCCAUGGACGGUCUGGAAACGUUAUUGAUUCAAUUGGGGCAUAG